GGGCGGCUCCGGCGCUGGGGACCCGCGGCUCCGUGUGCGCUCCCCGCCCGCAGCGGGGCUCCCGCCUCCCUCCUUCCUCAUUUUGGGGCUUAGAAGGGCGAUUUCCUCCUUCUCCAGCUGCAAUUCUGCUUUAUUUUUAUUUAUUUAUUUUUUUUUUUUUUUCGGUGUUAGAAAACCCUAAAAGCGCCGAACCCCCUCUAAUCUCUGCUUCCCAGAGCCGAGGAUGGAGCCACUUUCCCCCUGGCCACUGACCUGCCUGCUGCUGCUCGUCCUGCCAGGUGUGGAUGCGCAGGCGGGUCAGGACUUCGAGCUGCAGCAGCCCCAGGACCCGGUGACGGUGCCAGCGGGGCAGACUAUCACCCUGACCUGCACCAUAUCAGAAGAUGGUCCUGCUGGCCCCGUGAAGUGGCUGAAGGGCAGGGACAGUGGGGUCGUUGUUUAUGAUCAGACAGGCUCCUCGCCCCGUGUGACGAGGGCAGUGAAUGGGUCCAACACAGACUUCACCAUCCACAUCAGGGAUGUUCAACCCGAGGAUGCCGGCAUCUAUUACUGCGUGAAGUUCCGCAAGACGCUACGAGGUGAAGAGGAGUUUCGGCGUGGGAAGGGCACGGAGGUGUCUGUGCGCGCCAAACCCACGCCCCCAGUCGUGUCUGGGCCCGGGCACAGAGUGGCACCAGGGGAAUCGGUGCCUUUCACCUGUGCGUCCGGAGGGUUCUUCCCUGAAGAAAUCAAUGUGAAAUGGUUCAAGGACAAGGGCCCCAUCUCUGCUCAGCAGCCCCAGAUCACCCCAGCACGAACAAAAUCCUCCUACAACAUGUCCAGCACGGUGACACUGACGCUGCAGCGCGACGACGUGCGCUCCCAGCUCGCCUGUGAGGUGCAGCACCCCACGCUGACGGCCCCGCUGAGGGGGACGAUCCAGCUCAGCGAAGCCCUGCGAGUUUCCCCCAGUGUCCGUGUGGCCAUUGACUCACGGACUCCUGUUGAGGUGAAUGAGACCAUCAACUUCACCUGCGACGUGGAGGGGUUUUACCCUUCGGAUGUGGAUGUCACCUGGCUGGAGAACAGGAUGGAAGUGAAGGUGGAAAACCUCACCAAGCCAUUGAAGACGCCCCAGGGUUUGUUCAAGCUGAGGAGCCUGUUGGAAGUUCAUGUGACGGAGGAUAAGAACGGCUCUGCGUUCACCUGCCGGGUUGUGCACGAUGCCCAGGCCCCCGUCAGCGAGACCGCUCUGCUGUGGAUCACCACUCCAGCCAAGGGGGGACAGAGUGACCUGUUCCAGACACCUUAUGACAAUUUGCUCCCCAUCUAUAUCGUGGUGGGAGUGGUCUGCACUGUGCUGGCACUGCUGGUGGCUGCGAUUCUUUACCUCAUCCGGGCAAAGCAGAGCAAGGGUAAAAGCUCGCCAUCUGCUAGGUUACAUGAACCGGAGAAGAGCAGCGAGGCCACUACCCAGGAAUCUGACCCAAACAACCUGACCUACGCGGACCUGAACUUCGACAAAGAGAGGAAGACCAUCCGGCGGAUGGCAGAGAUGAGCCAGCAGUCAGAGUACGCCUGCAUCCAGGCCAGCCACCCGCCCGCCAACGAUGACAACCUCACCUAUGCCGACCUGGACAUGGUGCACCUCAGCAAGGCGCCCAAGCGGCCGGCCCCGUGCCCUGAGGAGGCCACCUCUGAGUAUGCCAGCGUUCAGAUCCCGAGGAAAUGAACAGGGCUGCAGCGGCUGCUGGGACCCCAUGGGGAACCACCCUGCUCCUGCCUGGGAGGAUUUUCUUGGAAGCUCUGAGAGCAAUGGGAAGAUGCGCUCCGGUACCCGCGAUUCAGGGUGGAAAUGGAGCCCACAAUAAUGUCAGGGUUGGCUCCCAUCUGCAAAGACCUGAUUUUUGGAAGCAGCUUGGUCUUGGGGCUGCCAGCUCCAUCCCUUCGGGAUCCUCCCCAGCCACUGCUCUGGCUCGGUGUGCAGGAUUGCCCACAGAUGAGUUCAGCCAGUGGAGCAGCAUCUCAUCCGGAAGCUCCGGCCAGGCUGAAGGAAUGGAGACAGUGCCUCCAUGCCAGCUCUCACGGGGAUGCCACUGCCUGGCCAGGCUUGCAUGGCAUCCGCAACUGCCCCAACCCCGCAGGGACCCAUGGAUGCCCCUGCGCUGCCUUCUGGGGCUCCCCGGCUGCCGGCGCCUGGAAACCGAACUCUGGCUUUAAAGGAAGGACCGAAGUGUCUGCCUCUAUCUUCCCAAGUGUCCCUUUGGCGGGACCUCGGUCUCGCACCAAGGCCAAGGAGGCUGGGAAGGCUGGCAACCCCAGCUGCAGGCUUUCCCCUGCCCUUUCCGCCCAGGGAGGCUCCAGGUACAGCUCCCCGGCACCGAGCAUCUUCCUCCGCACAGCCUUGCCCUGUGCCGGGACCCACCAGCGUUGCCCCAGGCUUGUACAAAGCGUGCAGCUCCGUGCCGGUCACGCUGUAGGUGCCCCGGGAGCUCCCCGCAAGGUACCGUGGAACACAUUGACUGUUUGACGUCUAACUGUUAAUUUUUAGAGCUAAAACCCCAAUGUUUUGUGUUGUGCGUGGGUGUGCUGCUGUGUACUUAACAGUAGAAUAAGAUGUGCACAAUUAAGACCGAGGCCUCAAUAAAGACCCUGAACCCCGUAGAGACUUACAUGACCCUCCCUGGCUCUGCCGGGGGGGGGCCAGGCAGGCUCCCUCCAAUCCCACCCAUGGGGAACAAGUGUCUUCUAUGUGCCCCCUCCCUGGGCCACUGCAUGGGGCCAGCACCUCGCAGCAGUGGGGCACGCAUGGGGCUGGCUCCUCUGGCUGCUGGAGGGGAGCCUGGGGGCUGGUGAUGCUUUGAGAGCGCUGUGACUGCUUGUACAGCCUAUUCUUUUGUUGUUUGG